AGCUGUGACUGCAAAUCACUGCAGGAAAGCGUCAGAUGGCACAAAGCAGGAAAGCCUCGGCACAGCUCCUUCGCCAUUUCUCGAGCAACAGCGCUGAGAGCAGUGCCUGUAACACACACCCAGGACAGCAAGAGCACUUUUGCAUGCAAGUACCAGACCUGUUCUCCUUAAAAACAACCUAGAAUAGCUGCAAGCAAAUGUCUCAACAGGAUUUUGUUGCGUUUACGGCUGCAGCGAGUGCUCAUUUUUAAGCUGCUCUGGGUGGAACGCAGGGAUUACACACGGCCGGAAUCUUUCCCGGUGCCGCCUCGCCGCUAUGGCGGCUCGUCCGCUCGGGAGGAUGCUCGGGAGGAUGCUCGGGGAGAUGCCCGGGAGGAUGCUCGGGAGGAUGCUCGGGGAGAUGCCCGGGAGGAUGCUCGGGAGGAUGCCCGGGAGGAUGCUCGGGGAGAUGCUCGGGAGGAUGCUCGGGAGGAUGCCCGGGAGGAUGCCCGGGAGGAUGCUCGGGGAGAUGCCCGGGAGGAUGCUCGGGAGCCGCCGCCCGCUCCUCCCGCUGCGCUCCCCGCUGCCGAGCGCCGCCCGCGCUGCGCACAGAGACACAGACACAGAUCCCCUCACUAAACAAGCUCAAGCAGCUGCUGCUACUGACUGGAAAAAAAAAUUGACUCCGGAGCAAUUCUAUGUGACACGAGAAAAAGGAACAGAACCGCCAUUCAGUGGGAUCUAUCUGAAUAACACAGAAUCAGGAAUAUACUGCUGUGUGUGCUGCAAUGCCCCCCUCUUCAGCUCAGAGAAGAAGUACAAUUCUGGCACUGGAUGGCCAUCUUUUUCUGAGGCUUAUGGUACUUGUGGCAGAGAUGAAAGUAACACCAAUAUUGUGAGACGGCCAGACAACUCCCUGGGGUUAAGAAGAACUGAAGUUGUCUGCAAACAGUGUGAUGCCCAUCUAGGCCAUGUGUUUGAUGAUGGACCCACACCUUCUGGGCAGAGGUUCUGUAUCAACAGCAUUUCAUUGAACUUCAAACCGAGCUCUGGUCAGUGAGAGGUGGCUCUCUCUGGCUUCCAGAACAUUCUUUCUCUGCUCCUACAGCAUGCUUGUGGAAAACUCUCAUUUAAUAUAUAACUCAAAUUUUAGUAUUUAUGCUGUAGUAGCUUUGUUUCCCAGCUGUUAUCAUUGUUGAUAAAAUACAUAUUUUUGUUUUAA